CCCGCCUCUCCGAUCCUGGUAUGUGUAUGUCCUCAUCGCCAUGAUCCUCCUCCGCCCCUCUCUGCGGAGGCUAGGACCGCCUCGGGACCCGUCUCUCGUGUGUUCCCAGUGUCUUCUGGGUGUCAAUCGCUCUCAACGGCCCUCCGCAGCCCGCACCUUCAUCUCGUUCUCGAGGUUACAAUCUAGCAUCGCCGAUAAUCCGUCCGCUCCUUCGAACCUGAACAAGACAUAUUUUUCGUCCAAUAAAGGAGUUGAUGGUCUAGCGAAAAAGAACGACCUUUUCUCCUCGUUGCGCUCCGUCAAUUCCUCCGCUCAAGCGAACUCCACCGACUUAUCCUCAUCAUCAAAGAACGAGACCGACGCCGGCCCCGCUGCUUCCGAGUCGAGUCAAACAGAAUUGCCCCAUCGCCGGAGGAAACGUCUAAAGGAAGAGACCGGUCACGAUAAUGGAUCUGCGACGACAUUGCCACCUGACGCCUCGUCGCAAUUGUCGUCUUUGUCGUCCGCUCUCCCCGCGACGUCCCUCCGCCGCAAAAUGGCCGCCUUUUUCGCCCUCUGCAAGCCUCGCCUCUCCUUCCUGAUUCUCUUGACAACGACGUCUGCCUACGGAAUGUAUCCGAUCUCUUCUCUUCUCGCCCUCGAUCCGGCCAUGACUCCACUUCCCACCCUCUCGACAUCUACUCUAACCUUUCUCUACCUAACGACCGGUACAUUCCUAUCAUGCUGCAGUGCCAAUACCUUGAACAUGACCUUGGAGCCCAAGUACGAUGCGCUUAUGACCCGCACACGAAACAGGCCGUUGGUGCGGGGACUUGUCUCGCGUCGAGGGGCAAUCCUUUUUGCGAUUGCAACGGCCGCCUCGGGUCUCGGUCUGCUCUACUUUGGAACCAACCCCACGGUCACGGCGCUUUCGGCUGCUAACAUCUGCUUGUACGCAUUUGUGUAUACUCCGCUGAAGCGUAUUCAUGUCGUCAAUACUUGGGUGGGCGCCAUUGUCGGAGGUAUUCCUCCGCUGAUGGGCUGGGUUGCCGCGUCCGGGCAGACCGCAACCACGGGCCAUGACACAUGGCGCGAUAUGCUCUUUAGUGAGAACAGCAUUGGUGGCUGGCUGCUUGGUGGAAUUCUGUUCGCGUGGCAGUUUCCCCAUUUCAACGCCCUUUCGCAUCUCAUCCGGGAUGAUUACCGGAAUGCCGGAUACAGGAUGCUUUGCUGGGUGAACCCCGCGAUGAACGCUCGUGUUGCUCUGCGCUACUCGGUCCUCAUGUUCCCCAUCUCCAUCGGUCUCUGGUGGGUUGGCGUCGUGGGCCACGGAUUCCUCGUUGGCAGCACCUUCGCCAAUGGCUGGCUCGUCAAGGAGGCGUAUCAUUUCUGGCAACACAAGGGCGGGAAUGGCUCGGCCCGUGGCCUUUUCUGGGCUAGCAUCUGGCAGUUGCCCAUUCUCCUGGUGGGCGGCCUCGUGACGAAGAAGGGUUUAUGGGAUGGUGUUUGGAAGAACGCUUUUGGAACGUCGGAAGAGGAGGACGACGAUUAUGUGUAUUACGACGAGGAAGAGGGUGACGAGGCAGUGAACCAGAGCUCUUCCUCGACGCAAGUUUCCCAUCCGAAACCCUCGACAGCUUGAGUGGAUUAUGAACUGUUUGGAGACCCUCCGCUUUUUCUUUGUUUUUAUUCGUCUGUGUAUUAGAUUCCCUUUCCGGUAUAGGACAGCGCUUGUAUAACAGCUCUUCUUUCUUUUCUCCCUUGGCCUUUCAUUUCCUGUGAGCAACUAACUUGGAACCUUCAUGGCUGCCCCUUACACUGGAUGAGGUAGCGCGUCUUAAUUGAUUCUUACACC